UUGAGUUUUUUUUUUAAUUAGUUAGACCAUAAACCCUAGGUAUUACGCAUCCAACAGCCAUGUCUGACGUGUACAUUGUGUCCGCAGCCCGCACGCCUAUAGGUAGCUUCUGUGAAACGCUUUCUAAACUGAAAGCCUCCGAUCUGGGCAGCGUGGUCAUCCAGGAAGUGCUCAAGCGGGCGAGUGUGGAGCCCGAAAAUGUCAACGAAGUCAUCAUGGGUCAGGCGCUCACUGCGGGUCAGGGCCAGAACCCCGCUCGUCAGGCCUCUCUCAAGGCGGGCCUCCCCAUUCAAGUGCCAGCCUAUGGCAUCAAUAUGCUCUGUGGUUCAGGUCUCAAAACCGUUGUCCUGGGCUAUCAGUCCAUUCGUUCUGGGGAUGCCAACAUCGUAAUUGCUGGCGGCCAGGAGAGCAUGUCCCUGGCUCCCCAUGUCAUGCAUUUGCGGCAGGGUGUGAAAAUGGGCUCGAGCAGCUUUGUUGAUUCGAUGCUCCAUGACGGGCUCACAGAUGCCAUGGAGAACAUCCACAUGGGCGUCACCGCAGAGAUUCUCGCCGAGAAAUAUAACCUGAGUCGGGAGGCCCAGGACUCGUACGCCGUUCAGUCACAGACACGGGCAGAGGAGGCCCAGCAAAAGGGCUACUUUGACAAGGAGAUUGUCCCCGUGGAGAUCAAGGAUCGAAAGGGCACUCAAAUCUUUAGCAAGGAUGAGUACAUCAAGGCGGGCAGCACUGUCGAGGGCGUGCAGAAGCUGAGGGCCGCCUUCAAGGAGGGCGGCACCGUUACCGCUGGCAAUGCUUCGGGUGUGAAUGAUUCCGCUGCCGCCGUCCUGCUGAUGUCCGGCGAGGAGGUCACCAAAAAGGGUCUGAAACCGCUGGCCAAGAUUGUGGGUUGGACGCAGAGUGGAAUCGAGCCCAGGGUCAUGGGUCUGGGACCGGUUACAGCUGUGGAAGCCUUGUUGACGAAAAUCUCGUGGAAACGCGACGAAGUCGAUCUGUAUGAGCUGAACGAAGCCUUUGCUGCCCAAUCCCUGGCUGUGCUAAAGGAUCUGCAGUUGGAUGCCAGCAAAGUGAAUGUGAACGGAGGUGCGAUUGCUUUGGGCCAUCCGAUUGGUGCCUCGGGUGCCCGUGUCCUUGUCACGCUGCUCUAUGCCUUGGAGCGCACUGGCGGUCGUCGUGGUAUCGCCUCCCUCUGCAUCGGUGGCGGCAUGGGCAUUGCUGUGGCCAUCGAGCGUGUCGUCUAAUCCUGCUCUAUCUCUCUCUCUCUUAGUCAUUCAAUCUAAUUUAUUAUCCGCUGGUGCCUGUUCUCUCAAAUUAAGCAUAGAUUUGCAAUUCUUCUGCUGUAUUCCUCGCUAGGUAUUUUAACCGUACUUACAAUAGAUUUUUUGUGUUUGCCAAAUAAAAUCCAGAAAGAAAUCCAAUUAUAGAA